AGUUUGGGCUGAUGGGCGGAGAGACAGGAGCGGCAGGGCGCUGGAAGUUUGCUUGGGAUGGCGGAGGGGACAGCUCCGGGUCGAGGAUAAGCGGAAACAAACGACUCGCAAAGCGUGAAAAGUCAUAAAUAAGGAUAAAACAACAUGGGAUUCAGUGCAUACGGAAAGAGCGACCCGGUUUUUUAUUAAUGAUCGCCGCGGGGGACUAAAACGGAGUAUAAAGCAGAAUAUGUCUUAGUAGGAUACUCCACGAUCGUCAAAGUAUGCUUUAGCUGCAUUGUAUUAUUUCACGAUCGUCAAAGUAUGUUUUAGCUGCACUGGCCGCGUAUUGUGCGGUUGUUUUUCAGUGUUUGUUUGCGAAGUGCCUUUAAAUGUUUGGCUGCCAAAUCGCUACGAGCCCGGCUCUUCUGAUCUCCCAAAACUUUUACAGACUGCACGACAAAGGGUGUUUUUAACAGGAAUCAUGUGGGAAAUAGUUCGCUUUGCACAGUGCAAGGCACUAUACUGCCUGCUCUUACAAGUGUUUAUUUGCAACGUCAAAGGGCUUAAUGUUUGUAUGGGCGGAAGGGCCACUUCCUGUGAAGAGUGUCUUCUCAUCCACCCCAGUUGCGCCUGGUGCACUCAGGAGGAAUUUGGGAAGGUGAAGACCAUCACAUCAAGGUGUGACCUGAGACAUAAUCUGGAGAGGAGGGGUUGUGGAGCCCGUUACAUUGAGAAUCCCAGCAGCAGUACAUCCAUACUGAGUAACAAGCCUCUGAGUCCUAAAGGCUCUGAAUCCGCAGAGUACGAUGUCAUUCAGAUAAUGCCCCAGAAGAUCUCUCUGAAUCUCAGGCCUGGUCAGCAGGCAUCAUUCGAAGUACAGGUACGUCAGGUGGAAGAUUACCCCGUGGAUCUCUAUUACCUGAUGGACCUCUCGCUGUCCAUGAAGGAUGACCUGGAUACUAUCCGCAACCUGGGAACGAAGCUGGCCGAAGAGAUGAAGAAGAUCACCAGCAACUUCCGUCUUGGCUUCGGUUCCUUUGUGGACAAGAACAUCUCGCCCUUCUCCUACACGGCGCCGAAGUAUCAGGACAACCCUUGCAAUGGCUAUAAGCGAUUCCCCAACUGUGUCCCUUCCUUUGGUUUCCGGCACCUUCUCUCACUGACGGACAAGGUGGACAGAUUUAAUGAGGAAGUGCAGAAACAGAUGGUGUCCCGCAAUCGUGAUGCGCCUGAGGGCGCCUUUGACGCAAUCCUGCAGGCCUCGGUCUGCAAGGAAAGGAUCGGCUGGCGGAAGGAGGCCUAUCACCUGCUGGUCUUUACUACAGAUGACAUCCCUCACUUGGCACUGGACGGGAAACUGGGCGGCCUGGUGCAGCCCCAUGACGGCCAAUGUCACCUGAACGAGGACAACGAGUACAGCGCCUCCACCAAGAUGGAUUAUCCUUCUCUGGCUCUUCUGGGGGAAAAGCUGGCGGAGAACAACAUCUAUCUAAUCUUUGCUGUCACCAAAAACCUCUAUAUGAUCUACAAGAACUUUACUAAGCUAAUACCUGGAACGACUGUGGAGAUUCUCGACCAGGACUCCAAGAACAUCAUUCAGCUGAUCGUCAGUGCGUACAACAACAUCCGGUCCAAAGUGGAGCUGACCGUGUGGGACCAUCCUGAGGACGUCAGCCUAACAUUUACAGCCAGGUGCCAAGAUGGGCAGCCCAGCAUCGGCCUGCAGAGGUGUGUCGACCUUAAGAUCGGAGAGACGGUCUCCUUCAACGUGAGUGUGGAAGCCCGCAGCUGCCCCGCCCCCGGCACCCAGCACAGCUUCACCAUCCGGCCCGUUGGCUUUAAGGACCGUCUGGAAGUGUCCGCAUCCUACAGCUGUGACUGCGCCUGCACGCAGCUGACGCAGCCCAACAGCAGCCGCUGCGCGUCGGCGGGCACCUACACUUGCGGCGUUUGCCAAUGUGAGCCGGGCUAUCUGGGCCGGCGCUGCGAGUGCCGCGACGGCGAGACCAGCGCCCAGCAGAUAGCGCUGUGCCGCGAGGCCGACGGCAAGCAGCUGUGCAGCGGCCGGGGCGACUGCAGCUGCGACCAGUGCCUCUGCUACGAAUCCGAGUUCGGCAGGAUCUACGGCGCCUACUGCGAGUGCGACGACUUUUCCUGCGCGCGCCACAAGGGCGUGCUCUGCUCAGGUCACGGGGAGUGCCACUGCGGCGAGUGCCACUGUCACCCAGGCUACGUGGGCGACAACUGCAACUGCUCGACGGCGACGGUGACCUGCCUGGCGGAGGAUGGGCGCAUGUGCAGCGGCAGGGGCAGCUGCGUGUGUGGGCGCUGUCAGUGCAGCGAGCCCGGGGCUUUCGGGGACACCUGCGAGAAAUGUCCCACCUGCCCUGAUGCCUGUAGCACCAAGAGGGAGUGCAUUGAAUGCAGACUCUUCAACUCUGGGAAACUAGACAACCAAACCUGCCAGCGGCUUUGCAAGGAUGAGAUCAACGCCGUGGAAACGCUGCAGACGGACGAGCCUGGCGCCGUGCUCUGCCUGUAUAAGACGGAGAGCGACUGCGUCAUGAAGUUCACGUACUCUGAGCACGCCAGCGGCCGGUCGAUCCUCACCACCCUGCGGGAGCCUGAGUGUGGCUCAGCACCAGACGCUUUGACCGUGCUGCUGGCCGUGGUGGGCAGCAUCCUGCUGGUGGGCGUGGUUCUGCUGGCCAUCUGGAAGCUGGUCGUCACCAUCCACGACCGCCACGAGUUUUCCCGCUUCCAGAACGCGAGAUCGAGGGCUCGUUACGAGAUGGCCUCCAACCCCCUGUACAAGCAGCCCAAGGAGAGACGACCAUUAUCCUAGGAUUACUAACCAAGCACAGUGCGACCUGGAAAGAUCCCCCCAACCAGCAGGGUCCUGCAGGAGCCUUCUGCAGAUGAUGAGAUGAGGGUGUUGCCUGGAGGGCAACCCCCCCCCCCCACAGAACAUGUCCUUAGGGUAACCGAACCAUGAACACCAUACUGGAUAUUAGAGUGCAGAAAAUUUCUCAAGCAUUUCCUGUGAAGGAGCUACAUGAAGCACAAUCUGAUGGAGGAACUGGACAUGAGCAACCUGGAAAUGGCAGAGUGUAUUUUUUUCCAGUUCUAAAAACACUUGCCUUUUUUUAUACUUUCGUCUUAAUUUUGCAUUGUACAGACUGUAAGGUGUCAGUUUUGUUUCUUUUUCACUUUGCAAGAGAAAGUGUUUACUUGCAAACAUACUUGCUUAACAGAAGGCAUUUAUAACAUGUGCAUCAAGUUCAUAGAGGGGGCAGAGUAACUUCGUGACGUCACAUCAUCAUUGUGGCACUAACAAAGCAAUAAAGAUUCAUAGUUCUU